AUGGCUGCGAACAUGGUAAAUACGCUCCUCGAAAAGCUACACCUGACGUCCAAGGAUCAGGGUGCUCCUGCUCAGGAGCCCGACGAAGAGCAGUUGAAAGCCUUGCGUCAGAAAUAUGAGAAGGCGAAUCAAGAACAUGUCUUUGCUUUCUACGACGAACUUGACAAUGAAGGGAAGGCUGCCCUCUUUGAGCAGCUGUCCAAUUUCGACCCAGACCGUAUCAAUAUCCUCGCAGACAAGGCCCUGCACCCCCCGAAAGACUCAGACGAGCAGCAACCUUCCAUCAAUCCCCUGCCCGAGUCCGCCACUGCCUCCCUCCUUGAUGCCUCAGAUGAUCAGAAAGAAGAGUGGUACAAGGCUGGGCUUUCACUUAUUGCACAGAACAAGGUGGCGGUGGUGCUCAUGGCGGGUGGACAAGGGACGAGAUUGGGCAGCUCUGAUCCCAAAGGAUGCUUUGACAUUGGCUUGCCAAGUAAGAAGUCAUUGUUUCAGAUGCAGGCAGAGCGAAUCUGGAAGGUACAACAAUUGGCCCAACAGCACGCCGGCUCUUCGGCUGUUCCAGUUGUCCCCUGGUAUGUCAUGACCAGCGGCCCUACUCGAGCACCUACGGAGAAAUUCUUUGAAAAGCAUAACUACUUUGGUCUGGCGAAGGAGAACGUCAUCAUCUUCGAGCAGGGGGUGCUUCCAUGCAUUUCCAACGAGGGGAAGAUUCUUAUGGAGAGCAAAUCGAAGGUCGCUGUCGCCCCGGACGGUAACGGCGGCAUCUAUCAAGCUCUGGUGUUGUCCGGAGCUCGUUCCGACCAGCGGAAACGUGGCAUCGAACACGUACAUGCGUACUGUGUUGAUAACUGUCUGGUCAAAGUUGCCGAUCCAGUCUUCAUCGGCUUCUCAGCGUCCAAAGACGUUGACAUUGCCACCAAAGUUGUGCGGAAACGAGCUGCUAACGAGCCGGUCGGUCUGAUCGUGGAGAAGAACGGAAAGCCGGACGUGGUCGAGUACUCUGAGAUUGACAAGGAGAUGGCCGAAGCCACAGACAGCGCCGACCGUCUCAAGUUCCGAGCGGCCAAUAUCGUCAACCACUACUACUCGUUCAGAUUUUUCGAAGCUAUCGAGGAAUGGGGCCACAAGUUACCCCAUCACGUUGCCAAGAAGAAGAUCCCCUACAUGGACACCGAGACAGGUGAGACCAUCAAGCCAGAGAAACCCAACGGCAUCAAGUUGGAGCAAUUUGUGUUUGAUGUCUUUCCAUUUGUCCCAAUGGAAAAGUUCGCGUGCUUCGAAGUUGAUCGAAAAGAGGAGUUCUCGCCAUUGAAGAAUGCGCGCGGUUCAGCCGAAGACAACCCAGACACCAGCAAAGCAGACAUCAUGGAACAAGGAGCCCGAUGGCUAGCGGCUGCAGGGGCUACCGUCAUAUCCGAAGGCGACGACAAAGGCGUCGAAGUGUCUCCACUCAUCAGCUAUGGAGGUGAGGGCCUGAGCUAUCUGAAGGGAAGAGAGAUCAAGGCUCCGGCUGUGAUCGAGAGAAGCCCGCCGGAGUAG